AUGGAGUCUGGCUUUCCAUCAGAACCCCCAUCGCGUUCUUUAGUUGGCAAAGCCGCCAUCGUAACAGGUGCAGGCUGCCUAGGCGAUGGAAUCGGAAACGGACGCGCGAUUUCAAUCCUUCUUGCCGACGAUGGCUGCGACGUAAUCUGCGUCGACCUCAACCUAGAGUGGGCGAACAAGACCGUGGAGAUCGUGAACUCGAAACCCGGUCGUGGACGAGCGCUUGCGAUUCGGGGAGACGUCACAUCCGAAGAAGACUGCCAAGCAGCGGUGCGCUUUGCAGUUGAACAGUUUGGACAACUGGAUAUUUUAAUCAACAAUGUCGGCAUUGGAGGCGCGGCGGGCACUGCGGUGGAAGUUGAUAUCAUGGUACAAAUGGUCAAGUAUGCCGUCCCUGAGAUGAGUCGGAAUAAUGGCAAGAUCAAAGGGAGCAUUGUGAACAUGGGUAGUGUUGCUGGGUUGAAGGGUGGUACACCUCAUCUGCUAUACCCGACUGCCAAGGGUGCUAUAGUCAACAUGACCCGUGCUAUGGCGGCUCAUCACUCUCCCGAUGGGAUCCGUGUAAAUUGUGUCUGUCCAGGGAUGCUGUACACGCCUAUGAUGUAUGGGAAGGGCAUGAGGGAAGAGGCGCGUGGGGCCCGUCGGAAACGGAGCUUAUUGGGAACUGAAGGAAAUGGAUGGGACUGUGCUGGAGCUGUUGUGUUCCUUGCUGGACCUCAUGCUCGGUGGAUGACUGCUGUGGGAAUUGGAAUGACGAAGAGUGCAAGUGUCAAUGCGUAG